GACUGCGGCCGCCUGAGCCGCGUGCCUGGUACCCGCCUUCGGUGGGCACGGAUGUGCGCCCGGAUGGCUGGACGCGCGGCAGCGGCCCCCCGGGGGCCCCCCGGUGCCUGGCUCUGCCUGCUGGUGGCCGUAGCCCUGGACGUCGUGAGAGUGGGCGGUGACCAGGAUGCUCUGGACCUCACCUACCUGCCAGCCACCCUGGAGCUCCUGGAUGCUCCUGAGCACUUUCGUGUGCAGCAGGUGGGCCACUACCCACCUGCCAACUCCUCUCUGGGCUCGCGGUCUGAGACCUUUCUGCUUCUGCAGCCCUGGCCCAGAGCUCAGCCACUUCUCCGGGCCUCCUACCCACCGUUUGUCACUCAGCAGGUGGUUCCCCCACCGGUCACUGAACCCUACCAGCGACCUGUCCCUUGGGAUGUGCGAGCUGUUUCAGUGGAAGCAGCCGUGACUCCAGCAGAGCCUCACGCCCGUGUCCUCUUCCACCUCAAAGGGCAAGAUUGGCCACCGGGACCUGGCAGUCUGCCCUGUGCCCGGCUGCAUGCCACACACCCUGCAGGCAGUGCUCACCGAGCCUGCCGCUUCCUGCCAUCCCUGGGUGCUUGCGUGGUGGAGCUGGAGUUCCCCUCGCACUGGUUCUCCCAGGGUUCCAACACACGGGCUGAGCUGGCCUACACGCUGGAGCCCGCAGCAGAGGGCCCUGGGGGCUGUGGUCCUGGUGGGGAGGAAGAGCCUGGGGAGCAGGCCCUCCCAAUAGGUGGUGUGGAGCUGCACCCCUCAGCACCACCACAGUACCAGGAGAUACCGCUGGAUGAGGCAGUCACUCUGCGCGUGCCCGAUGUGCCAGUGAGGCCUGGCCAGCUCUUCAGUGCCACCCUCCUGCUUCGACACAACUUCACAGCCAGCCUCCUGACCUUGCGGAUCAAGGUAAAGAAGGGGCUGCAGGUGACAGCUGCCCGCCCUGUCCAGCCUACUCCAUGGACUGCUAAGUUGGACCGCUUCAAGGGCUCCAAGCACCACACCACCCUGAUCACCUGUCACCGUGCUGGGCCCGGACAGCCAGAUUCUGGUGACCCCCUGGAGCUGUCUGAGCUCCUGUGGGUGGACUUUGUGGUGGAGAAUGGCACUGGCUCGAGUGUGGCAGUCACUCGUGCUGUCACAUGGCAGCUGGAGUACCCAGGCCAGGCCCCUGAAGCAGAAAAGGACAAAAUGGUCUGGGAGAUCCUGGUAUCUGAGAGGGACAUCAGAGCCCUCGUACCACUAGCCAAGGCUGAGGAGCUCAUAAGCACAGCACCGCUGACUGGAGUGCCCCAGCGAGUCCCUGUGCGCCUCGUCACUGUGGACGGCGGGGGAUCUCUUGAAGAGGUUACGGAGCACAUUGGCUGUGAGUCUUCCAACACACAGGUCUUACAGGUAUCUGAGGCGUGUGAUGCUGUAUUUGUGUCUGGCAAGGAGAGCCGGGGUGCCAAGGGGGUGAGGGUGGACUUCUGGUGGCGCCGACUGCGGACUUCUCUGCGGCUGACUGUGUGGGCCCCACUGCUGCCCCUGCGCAUUGAGCUGACGGACACGACCCUGGAGCAGGUCCGCAGCUGGAGAGUCCCAGGGCCCACUGAAGGGGUGCCGGAGCCCGGUGCUGCGGGGCCCGAGGAGGCGGAGCGGCGCUCCCGGGGCUGCCGGCUGCAGUACCAGCGGGCCGGCGUGCGCUUCCUCGUGCCCUUUGCGGCCCACUCGCAGGACGGUGGCCGCCGCCUCACCCAUUUAUUCGGCCCCGACUGGCUGCUGGACGUGACCCACCUUGUGGCCCCCCACGCCCGUGUACAGGAUCCGCGCGUAGCCUCCCUGGAAGGGGGCCGCGUCCUGGUGGGCCGGGAGCCAGGAGUCACCUCCAUUGAGGUGCAUUCCCCGCUGUCUGACUCCAUCCUGGGGGAGCAGGCUCUGGCUGUGACAGACGACAAGGUCUCAGUGGUGGAGCUGCGGGUGCAGCCGGUGAUGGGCAUCUCACUGGCCCUGAGCAGGGGCACUGCCCACCCCGGAGAGGUCUCAGCCACGUGCUGGGCUCAGUCAGCCCUUCCUGCCCCAAAGCAGGAAGUGGCCCUCUCCCUGUGGAUGUCCUUCUCCGACCACACUUUGGCCCCUGCUGAGCUCUAUGACCGCCGGGACCUGGGACUGUCUGUCUCGGCAGAGGAACCUGGUGCUGUUCUGCCAGCUGAGGAGCAAGGCACCCAGCUGGGUGUGGUGGUGAGUGGAGCGGGUGCCAAGGGGCUGCCCUUGCAUGUGGCUCUGCACUCGCCAGAGCCCUGCCGUAGGGGCCGCCACCGUGUGCCCCUGGCAUCCGGCACCGCCUGGCUGGGGCUGCCCCCUGUGCCCACAUCAGCCCCUGCCCUUCCAUCCAGUCCUGCUGGAAACCCGUUGGCUACAGAGGCCAGUGUGGGAGGUGAGCAGCAGGCAGCAGGUGGUGUUGGGGGCAGGGUAAGUGUGAGGGGCAAGUUUGAUCAGGCAGAGGAAGAAGCUGGGAAGGAGGAGGAAGAGGCCAGAGAGGAGGAGGAAGACGAGGAAGAGAUGGUGCCAGCCCCUCAGCGUGUCACUGACUUAGAGCUGGGCAUGUAUGCCCUGCUGGGCAUCUUCUGUCUGGCCAUCCUCAUCUUCCUGGUCAAUGGUGUGGUCUUUGUAUUGCGCUACCAACGCAAAGAGCCUCCUGACAGUGCCGCUGAUCCUACCUCUCCCCAACCCCACAAUUGGGUCUGGCUGGGCACUGACCAACAGGAACUGAGCCGCCAGCUAGACCGUUGCUCCCCUGGUCCACCUAAGGUUGAGGGAGGAUGCCCCUGUGAAAGUGGGGCAGGAGGGGAGGCCUCAACCCUGACCCCUGGCCCUCCAGAGGGCACCCCCAGCACCUUGGCGCGCAAGGAAGCCGGGGGUCGGCGAAAGCGGGUAGAGUUUGUGACAUUUGCACCAGCACCCCCAGCCCAGCUGCCUGAGGAGCCCGAAGGGGUCCCAGCCGUGCAGUCCAUCCUGGUGGCGGGCGAGGAGGACAUCCGCUGGGUUUGUGAGGACAUGGGGCUGAAAGACCCCGAGGAGCUUCGAAACUACAUGGAGAGGAUCCGGGGCAGCUCCUGACUUCUCCCUGGCCUGCUAGGUGCAGCGUCACUGGCCACCAGCCCAGGCAGUGGGGCAGGUCGGGGGCCCCACCAAGCCUCUUGUCUGCCCUUUGUGCUCAUGUGCUUAUCCUCUGGUGCUUGUUGGUCUGAGUCCCCCUGCCCGGUCCCUUCAGGGACUCCAGCCCAGGCCCCUUCUACCCACCCCUUGUCAUGGACCAUGGUCUCGAGGAAGGGCACAUGCCUCUUAUUUAUGGGAACCAUUUCAUCCUAAUUUUGGAUACAGAAUAAAUGAGACGGAAACCGCGAA